CACAAAAUAUCUGUGAAGCGAACACAUCUGAUAGAAACAGAGGGUUACCACCGGUUGUAACGUCACCCAAUUAUCAUCUUCUUCGUCUACUCUAAACCAUUUCUGUGACACUCUUUGUUACAGACUUCAAUGUUUAAGUUAUGGCCGAUCAUUUGAUUCUUUCUCUUCAAGCUCCUCCUUUUCUCAUCUUCCCUUGUUCUCUUCACCGUUCAUGGAGAUUUCCCGGUGGAAUCAGAUAUUCCGUUCCUGAGUUCCGAUUGUCCUCUCAGCUACAGUUGGCUAAUUCCAUUUCACCUUCAAAGUCUUCAGCUUCCUCUUCUUCUCCACCGGAGAAUUCUGCUCCAGAGAAGUUCGAUCUCGUGUCCAGCACUCAGCUUAAAGAUGGAAGUCAUGUCUUUCGGUUCGGGGAUGCAAGUGAGAUUGAGAAAUAUCUCGAGGCUGAAGAAAAAGCGAGAUGUGUUGAGGUAGAAACGCAAAAUGCUAAGAUUGCUGAAGAAGCCAGUGAAGUUUCAAGGAAACAAAAGAAAUUGGUCAGUUCUAUUAUUGAAACAAGUACUGAGAAAGAGGAAACAGCUGCUCCUUCCGAUCUUAGCAAUGUCAUUAAAAUAAAGGAUCGUAAAAGGGUUCGUUCUCCUACUAAGAAGAAGAAAGAAACUGUGAAUGUAUCACGGAGCGAAGAUAAAAUUGAUGCCAAGAGUGCUAGUGUUUCCAAUCUGAGCUCCAUAGUUAGUGUAGCAGAAGCUAUUCCAAUUAGCUCUACUGAAGAAGAAGCUGUUGUUGAGAAGGAAAUCACGGCUAAGUCAUAUAAUGUAGAGCCUCUUUCUUCUGAAGCCAUGAAGAAAGUUUCUGUCAAUAAAAUAGGAGACUGUGAGACAAAUGGUUAUCAAGAGAAUCGUAUGGAGGUUCAGGCAAGACCGUCAUUGUCUACACAACAGGAAAUUACGCCUGUAUCCACCAUUGAAAUUGAUGACAAUUUGGAUGUGACGGAAAAGCCUAUUGAAGCUGAGGAGAAUCUUGUCGCGGAACCAACAGCUACAGAUGAUUUGUCUCCUGAUGAACUCCUUUCAACUUCAGAAGCAACACAUCGCAGCGUUGAUGAGAUUGCUCAAAAACCUGUAAUUGAUACGUCUGAGGAAAACCUUCUGAACACUUUUGAAGCUGAGGAGAAUCCUGUAGUUGAACCAACAGCUACAGCUGCUGUCUCUUCUGAUGAACUCAUUUCAACUUCAGAAGCAACACGUCACAGCGUUGAUGAGAUCGCUCAAAAGCCUAUUAUUGAUACGUCUGAGAAAAACCCUAUGGAAACUUUUGUUGAACCAGAAGCAGUGCAUAGUAGCGUUGACGAGAGCACUGAAAAGCUUGUAGUUGUUACGUCUGAUGUGGAAAAUGAUGGAGAAAAUGUAGCUUCAACCACAGAAGAUGAAAUAACUGUGAGGGACACAAUAACUGAUAGUGGUAGCAUAUCCAAUAAUGAUGACACAAAAGUGGAAGAUCUCCAACUUCCUGUACCUGAAACGGCCAGUCUUGAACCCAUUAAAGCGGCUUCUGGCAGGGAAGAACUUGUGUCCAAAGCAUUUUACUUGGACUCUGGUUUUGCUUCACUCCAAAGCCCCUUUAAGGCAUUGGCAGGUCGGGAAGAUGCUUAUUUUAUCUCUCACCACAAUUGGAUAGGUAUUGCUGAUGGAGUCUCUCAGUGGUCAUUUGAAGGAAUCAAUAAGGGAAUGUAUGCUCAAGAACUCAUGAGCAACUGUGAAAAGAUUAUUUCCAAUGAAACUGCUAAGAUAAGUGACCCAGUUCAAGUUCUCCAUAGAAGUGUCAAUGAGACUAAGUCCUCUGGAUCAUCAACAGCCUUAAUUGCUCAUCUUGACAAUAAUGAACUCCACAUAGCCAAUAUUGGAGAUUCGGGAUUCAUGGUCAUUAGGGAUGGCACAGUAUUGCAGAAUUCGUCUCCAAUGUUUCAUCAUUUUUGUUUUCCCUUGCAUAUUACGCAAGGCUGUGAUGUCCUAAAACUUGCAGAGGUUUACCAUGUGAACCUGGAAGAAGGCGAUGUUGUCAUCGCAGCAACUGAUGGGCUCUUUGAUAACUUAUACGAAAAAGAAAUCGUUUCAAUAGUUUGCGGGUCACUGAAACAGAGUCUGGAACCUCAGAAAAUAGCAGAGUUGGUAGCUGCAAAAGCACAAGAAGUAGGACGAUCUAAGACAGAGAGAACGCCAUUUGCUGACGCAGCUAAAGAAGAAGGAUACAAUGGACACAAAGGUGGUAAACUUGAUGCUGUUACCGUCAUCAUUUCAUUCGUGAAAAUUGUCUCUACAUAAAUAUGCAUCUUCCUAUUAAUUGUAAAUAAUGGAGAGAGCCGCACACAUUCACAACACCAUUCUAGUUUUUCCAAAAAUUUCAUUGAAACGAUGUACACUGGAGUAAGUUUGCAUUCCUGAGCUAUAUAUGUGAGCCGGAUCAGUCCUGGAUCUGACCCGAUAUCCAGUUUCCGACCCAAACCUAGUAAACACAGUACAAUAUUACUCAACC